AAAGAGAAUACUGCAGCUCCCUCUCAGAUUCUACACACACACCCUCACACAUAGACACACGCACACUUAUUCAGAUGAACUGGAUCAUGAGGCUCUAAAACACACGCCCACAACAGCAGCAUCACCGCAGAGAGAGAGAGAGAGAGAGAGAGAGAGAGAGAAGCAUAUACUCCCAUCUCUCACCGUCACUCUUCCUCUCUUCAUCUUUCUCAUUCUGUCUCAUACACAAACACACACACACACACACACACAUAGACAGACACGUGCUGCGGGGAAAGAUCUGAGUGCUGGGUCGCUGAGCAUUCAGGUCCACACCCCUCCCCUUCUUCUUUCUCCCUCUCACUCUCUCCCUGUUCACCUUGUCUGUUCCGGCUGUAUGGUUUAUUGUUGCGUCAGAGCCAAAGAGAGCCAGCGAGAAGCAUGCCGGGGGAGAGCACUCACAGAUCUGUCCCCACCGACAAGCAUCCAGAGCAGGGUGCUGAGGAGACAGGGCUCCCUGGACCAGACAUAACCAGACACCCAUCUACUGACUCCACCCCAAGUGACAGUGGCUCCUCUCCUAGUGACAGUGGCUCUAGCCCUUCUCCCAGUACUCCUCAGAAGCUACUCCCAGCAUGCACCUCUCCAUUUGGACCACGAAUAUUUCAUGCAACACCUAGCUCCUCUGGUACUCCAAGACCUCAACCUGAAGGCUCAGACCAUCGCAACACACCCAGAUUGUCUGGAAAGUUAGGUGGUCAUGGACCAUGUGGCCGCCAUGUCCCUGUUAAAAUGGAGAGAAUCAAGGUCCUGACUGGUUCUGAGGUAGAGAGUGACUAUCAAGAGCCACAGACCAUUGACACAAGGGUGGUGAUGGGUCAGGAGACACUGCUCAAAACAACGGAAAUCCAGAAGGUUAAACUAUUGGUUGAGCCAAGUGGUCAGGCUAUUCCUUUGCCUUUCCCAAGCUUUCCAGAUCCUCAGUCACAAAAAAAAGAGACCCGGUUGGAAACUAACAAAGAGGAAAGCCAAGUCCAAAGCUCUCAAAAACAGCAGGAUCUGCAAAAGGACCCAGUGCAGCCAACAACCAUACCCCCUACCCCUUUUCACAGCCCCCUAUGCCCUUCCUCCUCCUCCCCAGAGCCAAUCACAACAGAUGACAAUUUGAUAGAUAACCAGGAAGAGGGUCAAACCCUUUCACAAGACGAAGUGCCUUCCCUCUCCUUUUCUGAGCUGGCCUGUCCAGUUGCUUUGUCCUUCUCUGAACCUGCCUAUACUGUUGACCCACUGCGAGUGGGUGUGCCCUCAUCUCUUGACCCUGACCUGUACUAUACUGCCCCUUCCACCCCAAUUAAGAUGGCUUCCCGCUCUUCGAACCUUAAGCAUCAUUCAUAUCCUGGCACUCCAGCCUGCCCCCUCUCCCCUGGCUCCCCCUCUGACAGUGAGGAGCUCUGUUCCCCUCUCACGUCUCCCUCUGGCUCUUAUAUCACAGCAGAGGGAGGCAGCUGGACUUCCUCUUACACGUCUUCCACCUCUCCCUCCACUUCUCCCAACCUGCUCCUCACAGAAGAAGCACAGGAGGCCCCUGCUUGCUUUGUGGGAUCUUUAUCAGAGAUUGGAGAUGAAGUUGGGGAGGAAAAGGGACGACCAGGUCCUGAACGGGAGGAGGAAAGGGCAGGGGACUUCUGCUUAUACCGUCCUGAGGAUUUUGUUAUGAAUUCACGAAUAGGUAUAUCAGGAACAGUGAUCCUAGAGGAGGAUGAGGCUAUAAAAGGGGAAGAGAUCAAGAUUUCUAGAGAAAGUUGUCGUCCUUGCUGGGUGACUGAGGAUACAUCCCCUCUAAGAAGCAGUAGCAGCCGUAGCAGUGACUCCCAGGAGGAUGGGGGAGAGUCUGAAAGCUCUCUGUGCCCACUGGAGGAGGCUAAUGCAGGAGGAGCAGAGUACUGUAGACCUAUGCAGACAGGCCUGAAACUCCAACUGGAGGCAUGUAUGUCAGAGGACCAUUAUGGACAGAUGGAUGACCCCUCAGAACUACCCUCUACUGCCUUGACUCCUGAUACAGAGAACAUGACUAUGGCCUCAUCCAGUAUUAGCCCUGACUCACCUGUCAUCCCCCUUGAUGCUUUCUGUCCUGGAGCCUUUGGUAGGCUUGGCCCCAGUUCUUUUAUGCUUUCCCAGGCAGCCUGUGCUGAUGAUAUACCAGAGGAGGAAAGGAUGAUCCCUGCCUCCCUCAUUUCCUUUCCCCUCCACACCAGCCUUAUCUUUAAGGCUGAUUCAAUGGAAAUCACUCUCUUCCCCACAGAGGAAGAAAAUGAAAUAGAAGUUAAUGACAGAAAUGAAGGAAAGGAUGUUAAUGCGUAUGCAGCAGGAGAAGAGGAGGCAGAUGUUGAAGAUGACGACGACGAUGAUGAUGAUGAUGAAGAUGACGACGAUGAUGAUGAUGAUGAUGAUGAUUUUAAUGAUAAUGGUGAUGGCAAUGCCAAUGGUGCUGGUGAGGACAAUGAUGGAAAUAAUGAAGAUGAUAACAGUGAUGACCACGAUGAGCACGAUGAGGAAGCUAAGGUAGAGGUGAAAGUGGUAGAAGAGGAGGAAAAAGGAGAACAGGAAGAGGAAGAUGAGGAGGACUGUGAUAGCAAAGCGGUGGAGGAUCCUUCAGAUGAGGAUAGCUCAGCAUCCUUCCUUCAUUCUCUUUCAGAGACAUCAAUCAAUGAGGGGUUGGAUGAAUCCUUCUGUUUCCAAGAUGAUACAGAUGACUCAUUGGAUUCUGCCUCCUAUAAUGGGGAGGAAGAUGAACGUCUUUACAGCACCGAGAGGCAUGCACAAUCACUAGAACCCACACCAGUAGAUGCACUUGAUCCGAAUGGAAUCCAACCAGAACCUGAACAGGGAUCUGCUGUUGAAACCGGCCAAACGGAACCUUUGCACACACAACUGAGCACAGACAACCUAGUAGAUCACCCCCAAACCACCUGUCUUUCUGAAGCCAUUGCUGUCCAUCCCAACACCAGCAAUAUGGGUCCUGAACCUGUGGAUGAACCUAAACCCCCUGAACCACAGUUAGAUCCUGAACUGGAAUCUCCAAUUGAAAUAAGUCAGACAAAACCUUUGCACACAGAAGUGAGUACAGACAAACCAGUGGAUUGCCAGAAAUCAUCCAAUCAUCCAGAAGCAUUUUCUUGUCAACCAGAAACCUCCAACAAUCUGGACGAUAGUGGGAGUGAGAGUGAGAUGAUGGAUAUCUCUGGUUCUUCCAACACAGUUGAGCAGCCUAAAGACAGCCCUCAUAUGAACUCUACCACCACUCCUGUUGUCAUUGAUGCUCUCCCUGACCCUACUGAGUCCCACAUCACUCCUCCUUCUGCCACUUCCACACAAGAGACAACAGACCUUAACAGUUCUGUUAUUCCUGAGGAAAAUCCCCAGAUGACAGAGAUUGAUUUGAAACAGAACAAUGAUCAUUCAGAGGAGGAAACCACAGAAGAACCAGAAAGAGACUCUUACAAAUUGCUCAUCAAACCUCGUCAUUAUCAGCCAGAAAGCCAGAGGACUAUAGGAGCAAGUAGACUUGUAUUAUCAAAGUCUUUUUCCAAUAAAGCAGAUGUGCCUGGAGGGGCAGAGGCCAUGUGUAGAUCCAGUAUCCACAGAGAGUCUGACAUUGAGCUUGACCAGAAGAAUGGGAAUGCCUCAUCUGAGUCUAUGAGUGUGGAAAGUAGAAGCAUUGAUUCUGGUCCCUCUCUGAAUAUGGCCACUGCCACCAAUGACUUGAAUAAAGGUGUUCUUCUUCUUUCCUGCCCUAAAGACCCUAGUCCUAACCCCAGUAAUAUCCCUGUUUCUGCCUCUCCAGAGAUCAUCUCAGAACUUGCUGACAAUCUGGCCCUGACCCCUGAACACUGCCCCAGUGACUCUGCCCAGGAGAACCUGAGGGAAAACACCCUAAGUACUGAUGAGGGGGUGCUGGGAGCAGUUGGAUCACCACACUCCCCCCUUGCCAUCUCACCCAAAAGGGAAAACUCAGAAACAGACACAAGCAGGGAGAUGGGUCCUGGAGCUGCGGCAUGGUGUGAUGACAGGAUGGGGCUAGGGUUUGGUCUAGGAUUAGGAUCUGGAGCUGAGUUUAGUGUCUGGGGGGCAGGGGAAUCUCUCUCCCUGUCUCUUGGAAAGAGGUAUGAGUUGGAGGCAGAGAGUCUGCUCAUGUGUGACACCGAGGGCCUAAGCACACAGACAGCUAUGGGUUCCAACACAAGCAGUGAAGUUUGUAAAAAUGAUGACAAUGUUUUGGGUUCUGUUCUGGAUGAGGAAGACAACAACAGUCAGUGUGGAAAGAGUAACCAGUUGGCAGAUGAAGAAUUGGUAGGAGAUGGAGAGGGAGUGGAGUCCAACUUGGUCCAUUGGAGGUCCAUUGAGGAGAUUUCAGAAGCAGGGGGAGGAGAAGAUGGAAGCUCCAGAUUUCCAGAGGAUGAUGUCAGUAAUCUAAAUCCAGACAAUGAUGGAGAUAACACAGACACACAAAUACAAGACACUUGGAGAAAUUCUAACAAUAACAAUGACUCUGCCUUUGACUCCUUGGAAGUAGCCAUGUGUGGAAGUCUGAAUGCUCUGUCAGAGGAAGUGAGACCCCAGAGUGUAAGUCCCAGUGUUAGAGAGUCUGUGUCUAAUAUUCCACUUGAGGAGAUACAACCUCAAGCUUCUGACACAAUUCCUGAUGAAGACCAGGCACCAGCGGACACCUCCAUAAACCAGACAUCAGACACAACAGAGGCACCAUCCUCAAAAGAAGGGACAUGUUGCAUCUCACUGCCAUUGGUUGAAACUCACACAGGCAAAGUUGUAACAAACCCAAAUCUCAGUUCACCAGAUAAAACCAAGUCAAGAUGUCAUACUAGUCCAGAGAGUAAGACAAUCACUGCAGAGAGUGAUACAGCAUUUUCUCUGCUACACGGGUCAUUUGGCUCUUUUACUCCUAAAUGUAAAUCUAAUGAAUCGAGACCAAGUAGACCUUGUCAAGACAAGAUGGAAAAUACUGGAUCUCAGUCACAACCAGAGAUUACAGGGCCUCAGAGUGAAGGCCAAAGAAAAACUGAUGUCAGUCCUGAAACUGAUAGACUUGUUGAUGAACCAAAGACUAAAGAGGCCUUUAGAGGACAGGAGUGUGUGGUUUGUAACUCAGGGGAAGAAAAUGAGGAAGAAAAGGCAGAAGAGAAAGCAAAAGAGAGAGGUGAAGAGAAAGCAAAAGAUAGAGGUGAUGAGAAAGCAAAAGAGAGAGAUGAAGAGAAAGAGAAAGAUAAAAACAAAAAUGAAAGAAAAACCUCUCCUGCACAGAAUGACGCAGAGCACUUUGUGUGUCACGUCCCUAAAGGGGAACUUUGCACAGACAAGCCAACUGCUGCUAAGAAGGGGAGGAGAGCAAAGCAGAACAAACACCGGGCAUCCCAGACAGGCAGUCAUGCUGACUCCAGCCCUGAAUCUGCUGAUGAUCCAAAGAAACGUUCUGUUCCAUUAAAUACCACAUCAGAUGGAUGGUCAAAGGGGAUUGCAGACAAUUCGGAAACUAAGACAAAUAACAAAGCUUCAUCAUCAGACUGUCAACAGAGAACAUCUGGGACAGACAAAGCUGAAUCUGGCUCACAGAUACAAGGGGAUAAGAGCCCCAGUCGUGAUGUCAAAAGUCCUAGCCAUGGAUACUGCAACUCUACCAUGCACAGAGCAGAUAAUCUCAAUGUUGUGGUGGCAACGAACAAAGAAUUACAUCAGAAACAGGAAGUGCUUGAUAACAGACCACUAUCUGAUAGUCAGAGAGGAAUCACAGUGGACAUAAAUGACAACAACAUAGAUACUGGCCACAACCCACCUUCCCAGGAUACCAUAUCAUACGCUUUGACUCCACUUUGUUCCUCAACAUCUCCUAUUUCCUCCUCCUCCCCUCUGCCAGCCUCAACAGAGCCAGAGCAUGAUCUUCCCACACCUGUGCAGGAAUCCCAACCUGUCCCAGCCGAGCAACAGUCUUCACUGUCCAUAUGCCACACAACCCCUACACUUUGCACCACCUCCCCAACAACACAACAAACCCCCGAUUCCCAAUUUAUUCCUAACAACAACCUCCAAGAGUUCACGGUUGUCCUUUCUACAUCAACUACAUCCACCACAAGUGUCUCUUCGACCUCAUUCUCCACUGCCUUGCCUUUAAGCCUGUCCCAACCUACCCAGGAGUCGUAUUCAUCUGGGUCCGGGACUCUAGACUCACCAUGUGUUCCAGAAUCUGUUUCCCGUCCCCAGUCUCAGUCCUCUUCACAGCCUAAUCUUAACAUCCUGCCUCACAAACAAAUCAAGCAAGGUCGGCCAUGGGGUACACAAGACAGGUGCAGAGGCCCCAUUCUGGCUGAGGAGGAGACGGACAGUGAGGAUGAUGGUGGAUUGCCUCAACGUGGUCACAGAUCGCAGCCCAGAGGAGUUGCAGGAAACAGAAAUGGAUCCACGCAGAAAGAUUCUGGUCCAUCCAAUCAACGUGAAAUACAGCCUUUCUCUGCCCACCAAAUAACCGACAGACAGUCAGGCUGUCCAAUCAACCACAGCCACAAGAUUUCUGAAGAGAUCGACUUAUCCUUCAAGAACAACUGUUCCAUAUUGGCUUCCUGUAAUGAGUCUGAGAGUGAGGGGUCAGUGCCUGAGCUAGAAGAGCCAGAGCCACUGAGACCAUCAGAGCCCCAGUCUAUCUCCUCUGCAGAUGAAGGGCUCAAUAGACCAAAACAGAGCCGCAGUGAGAAGAAGGCCCGCAAGGCCAUGUCUAAACUGGGUCUAAAGCCGGUCCAUGGUGUGACCAGAAUCACUAUAAGGAAGUCCAAGAGUAUAUUGUUUGUCAUCAGCAGACCAGAUGUGUUCAAAAGCCCUGCAUCAGAUAUUUACAUUGUAUUUGGUGAGGCAAAGAUUGAGGACCUGUCUCAGCAGGCACACAAAGCAGCUGCAGAGAAAUUCAAGGUGCCUGUGACCUCUUCUCCCUUGGCCCCUCCUGUCCCACCCAGCCUCACCAUCAAGGAGGAGAGUGAAGAGGAAGAAGAAGAGGUGGAUGAGGGAGGUCUUGAGCAGAGGGACAUUGAGCUGGUGAUGGCUCAGGCCAAUGUGUCACGAGCCAAGGCCGUCCGUGCACUGAAACACAACAAGAAUGACAUUGUGAAUGCUAUCAUGGAACUGACCAUGUGAGCGGUGAGGAUGAUUUGACUCCUGACCCCCUUCUCCAGCCUAUAAAGCCUAAACGCCACACUGACUCUUCUGUAUCGCUGCUACUGUUUGUUGCAUCCCCAAUAUCUGCUAAAUAAAGUCUGUUCCCAUGUGGGCUGUGACUGCA